AUGUCUUCAACUCAACCGAAAGUUCUCUUCGUACUCACUUCCCAUGAUAAGAUGGGCAAUUCUGGAAAGCCUACAGGCUGGUAUCUUCCCGAAUUUGCCCAUCCAUAUGACAUCCUUGCCCCUCACACUGAAAUAACCAUCGCCUCCGUCAUCGGUGGUGCCUCACCUUUAGACCCUGCAUCUAUUGAAGCCUCCAGAGAUGAUGUUUCAGUAAAUUUCUUGAAGACCCAGGAGUCUCUGUGGAAAAAUACUGUCCCACUUUCAGAUUUCGUAGGCAAAGCUGCGGAAUUUGAUGCCAUAUUCUACGUUGGUGGUCAUGGCCCAAUGUUUGAUCUCGCCCACAACGAAACAUCCCAAAAAAUCAUUUCCGAAUUCCACUCCCUUAACCGAGUCAUCGCAGCCGUCUGUCACGGCCCUGCAGCCCUUGCCUAUGCUAGAAUCUCUUCUGGCAAAUAUUUCCUGGAAGAUACCCCGGUGACGGGAUUCUCAAAUACCGAGGAGGAGAAUUAUGGAGUUAUUGAUUUCAUGCCCUUUGAGUUAGAAACGGCAUUAAACGAAGCCAGCAAUGGCAAGUAUGAAAAGGCGGCUGGGAAUUUCGCGGCAAAGGUGGUCGUUGCGAGGGAUGGAAAGGUUAUCACAGGACAGAAUCCGGCGAGUGCUAGUGGGGUUGGAGAAGCUAUUUUGGCGGAGUUGAGAAAAGAGAGAAAGUGUGCUUAA